UACAAAGACUUUAUGACAGAAUGUCCAGAUGGCAUAUUGAAAAAAGAAGAAUUUUACAGAAUUUACAACCAUUUCUUCCCUCUUGGAGAUUCAACAAAAUUUGCGAGCUACAUUUUUGAUGUCUUUGACUUCAACAAGGCAGGUUAUGUGACAUUCAGGGAAUUCAUCAUUGCCUUGUCCAUCACAUCCAGAGGAACACUCGAUGAGAAGCUUGAUUGGGCAUUCCGGCUGUACGAUCUGGACGGAGAUGGGUACAUCAGCAAGUCGGAGAUGAUCGUCAUCGUAGACGCCAUCUACCUCAUGGUCGGUCGGACUGUCGAUCUGCCCCCGGAUGAGAACACUCCUGAGAAGAGGGUCAACAAGAUCUUCAAACAGAUGGAUCUGAACAAAGAUGGCAAGUUGAGUGUGGAGGAGUUCAGAGAAGGUUCCAAGUGUGACCCCUGGAUUGUGCAGGCCAUGUCUGUCCAUCUUCCUGAUUUCAAAUGA